AUGGGCAUCUUCAAGAAGUUCUUUUCGGGGCAGCUGUUCCACGAACGCAAGGUCGAAAAGCCCCCUGUUCUCCAGGUCCAUCUGUCGCUUCCAAAAGUGCCUCUGGGUGAUAUUCAGGGCGAACUCAACGUGGUAGCAGACAAAUACAGCCCGCCAGACGAGUCCACAACCGAAGACUUGUUGUCAAAAACCUCCUCGGCGAAAACCCUCGGCCAAAAUAACGACUCUCUGCUCAAUCUCCAUGAAGCAGAACUGAAGAAACAGGCGUCCGAGCUCUACAACGACUCAAAACUCGAACUGGCGGCGUUUCUUGGUGCCGAGGAACGGGCAGAACUAAGACUGUUUUACUUCAAAUGUUUCGACUUCCAGAAUGUCGGCAUCCUGGGCGCUCUCAGACAGGUCUGUGAUAAGCUAUACAUGAAAGCCGAAUCGCAGCAUCUGGACCGGAUCAUUGACUCGUUUUCGGAACGCUGGGUGGAAUGCAACCCCAAACACGCCUACAAGACCGUUUCGCACGUGUACACACUGUCCUACUCAAUCAUGCUGCUCAACACAGACAUGUGCUGUACAGACGAUAGAGACCGCAUGACACGGACCAAGUACGUGCAAACGACGUUUCGAGCAAUCAUCUCCCUCACAAACGACUCGGACAAAGAAUGGCAGGACGGAAUUGUCACUCUGCUCAGAAAUAUUUAUAAUUCUCUUCAGGAGACUCCUCUGAGACUGGCGUCUGUCCAGCAGGAGCAAUCGACGCCCGAAAAGCUGGUGGCCAUUCAGAGACGAGUCUCCAUUUCCUCUUUACGCGACAGAAACACCGACAACGACGCUGCGUCUGUCGUUUCGAAGCUUUCCCACCGCUCUUCUUGGUACCAGAAGAGUACCUAUGCUCCCUCCUUGGACUCUGUGGACUCUUCUAUUGGAGGAGGCUCUGUGGGUUUUUCAUCGGCUCUUUGGAAUGCAGUCAUUCGAGAAGAGUACGCCAAUUCAGACGGAGGUGCAGAAACCGAGGUGUCCGAAGAAGAUACCGUGGAGUACAACGAGGUUUCCACUCUGGAGCUUUUCGGACCUCCCUGGGCCAAAGAGGGCCUUCUGAAGCUGGUUUCUGGAGCCAGAAAAAUCAGAAAACGAAAUGCCAAGGACCAGGUCUUUGUCGUUGUCCAACGAGGCUACCUCAAGGUCUUCCGGUUCGACCGAACCCCCUCGGCGCAGUCCAGAUCGUCAUCUCUGGGUUCUGGCAACUGGAUGCAAAAUGCCACUCUCAUUUCCAACGUGAUUCUUGUCCAUACGACGGCCCAGAUCACCGUCAACUCGUGCUUCUCCCUGACUCUCCCCAACGGUAGCCAAGUGACAUUCCAGGCGGGCACCAACGAUAUUGCCAAGGAGUACGUGUACACAUGUAACUACUGGGCCGCCCGCGUGAGUCUUGCGCUACCUGAAGAGCUGGUAACCAGUUCGGAGUACGGCUGGGAAAGACCCCUCAAGCUGUACGAUGAAGCUGAACCUAAGUACUUGUCGGCUGUUAACCACAAUACGGUGGUUGUUAAAGCUACAAGUAUCACUCUCAAGGACUGGGAACCUCCUGUUGCUUCUACCGUUAAGAGCACCCUAGACGAAGAAGACCAACUCUUUUCUUUCCAGCAACAUCUACAGACAGUUGAACAACAACUCGAGGAGCACAGUAAGCUGAAACAGCGACUGUUGAACAUUUACCCGUCGUACGCUCCCGUCACUCUGAGAGUCAUGGGCAACUGGCAGAAGAAAAAUACCCACCUGCUGCGCGAGGUGGUCAAGUUCAAGCUCUACGUAGGAGUUUUGAGCCAGGCUGUCAGUGACGGCCUCAAAUGCCAGAGCCCAAACGUCACUAUUAACGAGGAGGCUUAA